AUGAUUGUCGCUCACGCUCCAAAAACUUAUUUUGGUUCAGGAGAUAUACAAAAAUCAUUGGGUUCUCUUCCUGGAUUUCCAUGGGCAAAAUAUCCCGGAGAAAAACAUCUUCCCGGUCAUAAUUACACUGGUCCAGGUACCAGGUUAGAUCUGCGACUUGACAAAAACGAUAAACCCAAACCGGCAUGGAUAAAUAAAGCGAAACCUUACUUUGUGGAUCAAAUCGGAGACACUCUUCAAGGUGAUUUAGAUAUGAACAAUUUCAAAGUAACUAAUUUAAAAUCUCCGGAAAAUGAUAAUGACGCCGUUCACAAGAAAUUUUUACGGGAACAAAUAAAUUCAAUUAAAGUAAAUAAAAACCAUUUAGAAGAUAAAAUAAGCAAUGUGAAAAGAUUCUUCAAACGUCAACUAAAUAAUAAAAAUUUUGUUAAUGAAACUAAACUACAACAAGAGGUAAAAGGUUUAAUAAGUUUGGUCAACGUAGUGAACAAAACUGAGUUACAAAAUUUAAUUUCAUUAAUAUCUAAAUUAGAGGAUAAGAAUGCAAAACAAAAAUUAGACAUUCAACAAUUAAUAGAUAACAUUCCAGAUGAAAAUGAAGAUACGUUUCAAUAG